AUGGCACCUUCUCAUGUGCCUUCUUCUAAUCCAACUACAAGUCCUACAGCAUUCGCUCCCAAUGAGGUUGUUGGUUUUAGUGUGUAUGAUGGUGCUGCAGGUCCUGGUGCAGAUGCAUUGUACUUUGUAACAGAGGAUACAACCAUCACCGAUCCCAGCCCCUCUUCCCUUGCGAUAUGGGCAGAUGUUCAUGAUCCGUUGGUGGGCUUGGUUUUUUUUACGGUUUCUGGGGGGUCACAUGGGGGUGUAUUAAUACCUGCCUCCAAUUUGGGUGACAACAAGUGGAGUUAUGGCCUUUUUUGGGAGCAAGUUUCCGAUCCCUCUGGUACAGCCAUAUCGGUCGCGGCCUUACCCAUUGUUGGUGGCGUGGGUGGUGGCACACCUCUUGAAGUGACCAUCACUAUAAACUACUCCACACCCAGCCAAUUGCCAAGUGCUGUUCCUUCAAAAUCCCCUUCAUUGGAACUUUCCACAGCGCCUUCUCAUGUCCCAUCCUCAGUUCCCUCUGCCUUGCCAUCUUCUCAUGCCCCAUCCAUGGCACCUUCUCAUGUGCCAUCUUCUAAUCCAACGACAAUUCCUACAACUGCCUUUCCCACCUCUAGUGCCCCAAGUGCUGUUCCUUCAAGAUCCCCUUCAGUGGAACCUUCCACAGUGCCUUCUCAUGUCCCAUCCUCAGUUCCUUCUGCCUUGCCAUCUUCUCAUGCUCCAUCCAUGGCACCUUCUCAUGUGCCAUCUUCUAAUCCAACUACAAGCCCUACAACUGCAUUUCCCACCUCUAGUGCCCCAAGUGCUGUUCCUUCAAAAUCACCUUCUUCUAAUCCAACGACAAUUCCUACAACAUCCUCUCCCAAUGAGGUUGUUAGUUUUAGUGUGUAUGAUGGUGAUACAGGUCCUGGCGGAGGUGCAUUGUACCUGGUGACAGGGGAUACAAGCAUCAAUCCCAGCACCUCUUCCCUUGGGAUUUGGGCAGAAGUUCAUGAUCCGUUGGUUACCAAUGUGUUUUUUCAGGUUAUUGGGGGGUCACAAAAUGGUGGUACUUUAACUCUUGCCUCCAGUUUGGGUGACAACAAGUGGAGUUAUGGCAUUUUUUGGGAUCAAGUUUCUGAUCCUUCUGGUACAGCCAUAUCGGUUGCGGCCAUACCAUAUAGUGGAUCUACGCCUGGAACAUCUCUUCAAGUGACCAUCACUCUAAACUACUAA